UCGUAGAUGCUUUAAGAGCUCGAAAUAAAAUUCUGAAUCAAAAUAGAAAUUACGAACAACAUAUUGGUUAUAAGUUGUAACAUAUUACAAAAUUUACCGAUACAACCAAUUACUAAAUUGUAAUAAAAUACAAAAAUUAUUCAAUAAAAAAGCCAAAAACCAGCUAGUGGUUGGUUUAGUUGUUUUAUCAUCUCAGCAUAAAUGUGUCAUGAUUUACAUAGUUUGGAGUAUUGAUUGUCUGAGUUACUUUUCAGAUUGGAGUUUGGAAAGAAAUUAUAACCAUUUUAAAAUCGUACAUAAAAAAUAAACUGCAUCUUAAGCAUUGGUUAAAACCUGCAGAUAAUUCCAUGUGUAACCUUCCAUAAACGACCUCAAAUACCUUGCGUUGAAUCCGGCUCUUAGACAAAUGACAAUGUGCUGUUUUAUUCGCUUGCGUGGACUACCAUGGUCUGUUACUCAUCAAGAAAUAUUGGAAUUUCUACAAAACGUAAAUGUCGUAGGUGGCAUAAAUGGUAUUCAUAUGGUACUUAGUCGAUGGGAUGGAAAAAACACGGGAGAAGCAUUUAUUGAACUUGAAAGUGAAGAAGAUGAAAGGGAAGCCUUCAAACUAAAUAAAAACACAAUUGGACAUCGAUAUAUUGAAGUUUUUUCAGCUUCAAAUGAAGAAGCUGAACAUGCGCUUAAAAAUCCAGGGUGUAAUGCUUCGAACGUGGCGAAACUUCGAGGACUUCCGUAUGCUAUCACAGAGGACAUGAUAGGAGAAUUUUUCAGAGGUUUGAACAUAAAACGCAAUGGUGUUUUUAUUGUAACGGACAGACGCGGAAGAUCAACAGGAGAAGCAUAUGUUCAAUUCGAAAAUAAAGAUGACACUGAACAGGCACUUAUGAGAAAUAGGGACAAAAUUGGCCACAGGUACAUUGAAAUAUUUCGAAGUUCAUUGGCCGAGAUGCGUCGUCAGUCUAACAACCGCUCCGUCCCUUAUGACAUUAAAGAUCGUGGGGGUAUACGUAAUAAGUUUAAUAAUUUUGGAGGAAAUCUAAAUACUAUGCGUGAUCCAGGAUUUUCUAACAAAAAUGGAUUUGGGGGUAGCGGUUACAAACCAAUGGGAAUAAAUAAUUCUGGAAACAGUUUAAAUCUAAGUGGUUUUAGAAUGUUUGAAGGUUUAGGUGGGUAUAACAAGGGUAAUGAUUCUUGCAACAACUUCGAUAUACCCAUGAAUAAUAAUAGCAUGGGUAUACCAAAUAACUCUUCCGGUGGUGGCUAUAAUCAAGGGUCAUUUUGGAAUAUUAACGAUAUGAACAUAAAUUUGAGAGGUGGCAAUGAUGUUACAAAUCGAUCGUUAAGUGGCAAGAGGGAAUUUGACAAUGAUAAAGGGGGCAAUAACAACGGAUUUGAUAGAUGUAAUAACAUAUUGAAAAUGGGUAGUGGAGGUGGUAUAGGAGUCAAUAUAGCCAAUCAAAAUAAAUUUGAUAACAAUAGGGAUAUGGGAUAUGAUAAAGACCUAUUUUGCAUUCAUAUGCGUGGGCUUCCCUAUACCACAUUUGAAAAUGAAGUAUUGAAAUUCUUCCAACCUCUUCGUCCUGAAAGUAUUAAAAUAAUAUUCAAUAAUAAGGGUUUUCAUAGUGGAAGUGCAGAUGUAUAUUUUAGUUCAUAUGAUCACUCCCAAUUAGCAAUGAAGAAACACAUGGAGCAAAUCGGAAGUCGUUACAUUGAAUUAUUUUUCGACGGCAAAGUAAAGGGCAACAGGACUGGAUUUAUUCAUCAAAAUAAUCAAAACCUUUAGAUAUUUCUUUUCCAAAUAAUAUAUUUAAUCAAAAACUACAAUUAUAUUUCAUGUCCCAUUUUCACACUUAAUUGGUAGGCUAACCAAAUAAUACAUCUUAGUUCUUAACCGCUAAAACUUAUAAAUUAAUAUUAAAUUUUUCACUUGGAAAAAGCACAGAAAACGGACUUUUAAAAUAUAAUGAUAUUAAAAAUUUUAAAUUUUUUUUAAGAGGUGAAAAUAGAAGCAACGAAGCUAAGAGAAUUAAACAAAUUUGUAUCCCAA